AUGGUUUGGAGAAAUCAGACCUUCAACUUUGACUUCAUCCUCUUAGGAAUCUUCAAUCACAGACCCAUCCACAUCUUCCUCUUCUCUCUGGUCUUGGGCAUCUUCAUAGUGGCCUUCAUGGAAAAUAUUAUCAUGAUUCUCCUCAUCUACCUGGACACCCAGCUACACACCCCUAUGUACUUCCUCCUUAGACAACUCUCCCUCAUGGACCUUAUGCUCAUCUGCACCACUGUACCCAAGAUGACUUUCAACUACUUAUCUGGAAGGAAGUCCAUCUCUCUAGCAGGUUGUGGAAUCCAGAUAUUCUUCUAUGUUUCCCUGCUCGGGGCUGAAUGUUUCCUGUUGGCUGUCAUGGCCUAUGAUCGCUAUGUGGCCAUAUGCAACCCUCUUCGAUAUACUAUCUUAAUGAAUCAGAAACUCUGUAUCCUCAUGACUAUUGCUUCCUGGAUCUUGGGCUCUCUUGAUGGCAUCAUUGUGCUGGCAGCAGUCCUCUCAUUUUCUUACUGCAGCUCCCUGGAAAUCCAUCACUUUUUCUGUGAUGUUGCUGCCCUUUUACCUCUAUCUUGCACAGACACCUCUGCAUUUGAAAGACUGCUUUUCAUCUGCUGUGUGGUAAUGCUAGUCUUACCAGUCUCUGUGAUCAUAGGCUCCUAUUCAAGAGUCAUCCAAGCUGUUAUAAGCAUGCACUCUGAGGAAAGUCGCCGCAAAGCCUUCACCACCUGUUCUUCCCAUCUUUCUGUCGUUGGACUCUACUAUGGAGCUGCCAUGUUUAUGUACAUGAGACCAGCUUCUAGCCAUACACCAGACCAGGACAAAAUAGUAUCAGCCUUUUACACCAUUCUCACACCCAUGCUAAACCCUCUCAUCUACAGUCUUCGCAACAAAGAGGUAUCUAGGGGAUUUCAGAAACUGUUGAGGAAAGGGAAAUUAAUGUAA